AUGAGCAGUUUUUUCUACUACAUCCUACCGGCACUGGGAGGAUACACGCUCACCUCGAUGUACCUGCUGAAGAACCCCCACAUUCUCCACAGGAAGAAACGCACAGCUUUCUUUGCGAGACACAUCUCACACAGAGGAGGAUGUGGAGAGAGAUUAGAAAGCACUAUGGAGGCGUUCACAAAUGCGGUGGAGGAGGGCACAGACAUGCUGGAGAUGGACUGUUUCAUGACACGUGACGGGCAUGUGGUAGUGUCACAUGAUAAGAAUCUGUUGAGGCUGACUGGCCACGACGUCCCCAUCUCCUCACUCAAUUUUCAGGAUUUGCCUUUGUAUAAGAAAAGACUGCCAGUGUUAUUUUAUACAGGUCAUUACAGCAGUGGUACAGACAGGAAGUUCACUUUGCUGGAGGACGUGUUCAGGAAGUUCCCCAGGGUUGCUGCUACCAUUGAGAUCAAAGAGAACAACAGUCAGCUGAUACACAAGGUGUCUGAUCUGACUAAACGCUACAACAGGGAGGACAUCACCGUCUGGGCCUCUGAGAGCUCCAGCAUCAUGAACGAAUGCCGCAAAACGAACAGCUCCAUGCCGCAUGGUUUCAGUCUAAACCGAGGCGUGCUGCUUCUACUGCUCUUCUACAGUGGCCUGCUACCCUUUGUGCCACUUAAAGAAGAUUUAUUGCAGUUCUACCUGAUGAGCAUCUUCAACAGGACAUACAUUGCUGAGAGACGAAUCUUGAGGAACAGACUCUUCAUCUAUUUGGUAGAAAAAUUAACUAUGAGGAAGAGUCUCUUUAAGCACCUAGCAGACCGUGGAAUUCAGGUGCAUUUGUUUGUGUGCAACAGAGACGAAGACAUAAAGGAAGCACUUGACCUCGGGGCCACAGGGGUGAUGACUGACUACCCAAUUCUUCUUUCAGAUUAUUUUCGCAGAAACAGAAAUCAGGAGUAA